AUGGCCAAGACCCAAAAAAAUAAGGCUACGUCCUUUCAUUUGGGUCAGCUUAAGGCCAAACUUGCUAAGCUGAAGCGUGAAUUAAUCACACCAUCCGGCGGUGGCGGUGGCGGUGGCGGUGUUGGUUUUGAUGUUGCAAAGACCGGUGUCGCACGUAUCGGUUUUGUCGGUUUUCCUUCUGUUGGUAAAUCUACACUCAUGUCCAAACUCACUGGUACUCACUCGGAAGUGGGUGCCUAUGAAUUCACUACCCUUACAACUGUCCCCGGUGUUAUUCAGUAUAAGGGUGCAAAGCUCCAGAUUCUUGAUUUACCCGGUAUUAUUGAAGGUGCCAAAGAUGGCAAAGGUAGAGGUCGACAGGUUAUUGCAGUUGCACGUACUUGCUCAUUGAUUUUCAUUGUAUUGGAUGUACUCAAACCCAUGACUCAUAAGAAGAUUAUCGAAAAGGAAUUGGAAGGGUUCGGUAUUAGAUUGAACAAGAAACCUCCAGCUAUCAUAUUCAAAAAGAAAGAGAAAGGCGGUAUCAACAUGAGCAAUACUGUCCCACUCACAAAUCUCACAUCUGACGAAGUGAAAGCUGUACUGAGUGAGUACCGUAUUCACAAUGCCGACAUUUCAUUCAAAGAAGAUUCUACAAUUGAUGAUCUUAUUGAUGUUGUUGAAGGCAACCGUAUUUAUAUUCCCGCUGUUUAUGUUCUCAAUAAGAUCGACCAGAUCUCUAUUGAAGAAUUGGACCUUAUUUAUAAGAUUCCUAACGCUGUACCUAUUUGUGCUAAUCAUGAAUGGAACUUUGACGAAUUGUUAGAAGUCAUGUGGCAGAAACUGAGCUUGGUUCGAAUUUAUACAAAGCCUAAAGGAAAACUACCAGAUUACGAACAACCAGUUGUUCUAACACAGGACAAAUGUACCGUAGAAGAUUUUUGUAACAAUAUUCACAAGUCCAUUAUAGACCAAUUUAAAUGCGCAUAUGUAUGGGGUGCUUCUGUGAAGCAUAAUCCCCAAAAAGUCGGUAAGGAUCAUGUUCUUAUGGAUGAAGAUGUUGUACAGAUUGUCAAAAAGUAA